UCGAUUUUUUGGCUAUUAAGAAUGAAGAAUUUUGUGAAUAUUUUAAUUGUUACGAUUUCAAUAGUUCAAGCGUUCGAAAGUAGUUUUAAAGAUGACAGUAGAAGUUACUUGGAAUAUCCAAAAAGAAUUUCAUUUUCAAGAACGCAAACAAUGCCAAGAGCGCAUAGGAUGCCAAAAAGACAAUUUCCAUUUGGAAAUAUUCCGCAUAUACCGGUACCAGGAUUACCACCACCCAUGCUUGGCAUACCACAAAGUCCUGAAAUGAUUCCCAUGCCAGACAUGCCUCCAAUGCCUGCAUAUCCACAUGUAUCCGGCGUAAUUGGACAUGAUAUGCCGGGUUUACCUUCUUUACAAGGAAUGCCACCAAUAAUUCAUCAGAUGCCUCAUCUUCCUAACAUGGGAACCUAUCCAUAUGGACUUCAUCAUCCAGUACAAUAUGAGUUUGGAGUGCCACAGUUGCAUGAAAUACCGCCCAAGCCAAGCCAUGUACCUGUAAUACCACGUAUACCGGAAAUGCCACAAAGACCGGCCAUUCCAAUACAUCUAUGGCGUUUACACCAAAAAGAAAGCACCUCUACAAGACGUUCACUCAUUAGUCAAAAUCACCCGAGCAUUUGGUUUGGCAACGAAAACUCGAAAAACACACCCGAAGAACAAUUUAGACAUACACCAAAUAAUUUUCGCACAUUUCAUCAAGACUCUUCCAACUUCGAAUUAGAUGACUUUUCGUUAUGUAAACAAUGUGAUGAUGCAACUUCAGAAUGUGAAAUAGUUGAUCGACCUAAUGGAAAUACAUUAUUGCGUUCGAGAAAUUGUCGAGAUGAAAAUAAACUACUUUUAUCCACAAACGUAAAAUUAAUACCAAAUCGAAGUGGUAUCAGGAGAAUUAGAAGCCGUGUGGUGGAGAUUGCAUGAAAAUUAUAUAUAAGAGGAACAUUUAAGAUGAAGCCAUCCUCAUAUUUUCGAUAUUUACAGGCAUAUUGAUUUGAAAUUUUGCAGUCAUAUCGUUUUAUUAGAACGCCCGAAUUAAAGGAGUGUUACAAGUUUGAUCACUAUG